AUGUUAGUCAAUGAAACUGCAGGCUUAAACCAUACAGUUAAUAACAUCGUCUUGAACCAUGACAGUUCUGAACUAUGCCUCCCCUCUUGGAUUCUAAACGCCGUCAACGUCCAGUCUGUGUACAUCAGUGACACUGUGAUAACGGUCGUCAACAUCCCAUUUGCCAUAUUUGCCGUGGUUGCUAACCUGGCUGUUAUAGUCACCAUAAUCCGUUCUCCCCCACUCCACCGUCCAGUUAACGUGUUGCUGUGUAGCCUGGCUGCCUCUGAUUUUCUAACCGGCCUAGUUGUUCAACCUGUAUACAUAGCAUGGCGCUUUCUGCUGCAUCACAUUAAAGACCCUUGCGAAUUGGUUCAUCUCUACCAAGCCAGUAAAUCUCUUCCUGCCCUGCUUGUCGGUUGCACCUUCGUGAACUUGGCAAUAAUGAGCGUCGAAAGGUUGUAUGCUGUUUCGAAGCCUCUUUCUUAUUCAGCCAAAGUAACACUGAGAGGUAUGAAGAAUUGUAGCAGACCCCUGCAGAAAUGGCAUUGUUUGGUCUAUUCUAGUCUACCCUAUUCUUAACCAAGUACACAGAAAAUUCCAUUUUAGGGUUCUUAAAGUGGUAUAGGACUUGUUUAAAAUUGUUUAACCCUAUUCAGACCGGGCUUUUUUUCUCUUUUUCCUUCCUUCUUUUAUUUAUUUUUUUUUGGGAAGGGGUGGGGGGAGAAACAAUUAAAAACCCACGCGAAACCCAAGCACGCGAACCGCGAUAAACGUAAGCACGAGAAGAAAAAAGAGAGAGACUGCUGACUCUUUUGUUCUGUCUGGGGACAACGACGCUCUAAAGGUAAUUAACCAGUUAAACCCGGCGAGUUCCUAUUAACCCUUUCACCGCCAAAAUACUUGAUAGAGUUGUAAGGUGACUCAAACUUUUGAGCUGGAGGACGAAAUCCUAUGAUGUGACCAUUCAAAUGAAAGCUCUUUGCCUGUAUUCAUAUAUACAUGGUGCUAUUUAUUUUUCAAAUAUCACAUUUCAAAAUGAAAUUUGGAAAUUUGGUUGAAAUUUGCUUUUGGCCAAAUUUGGCAGUGAAAGGGGGGGUGGGGGUUCUUUAGGAAUUUCUGGGUGGGGAUGUGCCGCUGGGACCCUGGAACCCUUAACCUAUACCAGAGCUAGUUCAGCUGAAUUUUGCUACCCUAAACCAGAGUAAACUCCCCAAAAUCCCCCUAUCCAAGAGUAGCUGUUUCCCUAGUCUAGAUAAAAUCUUCAACCAAGUGAUCAGUUUCCUGAAAAAUGAUACCCUAUUCUAGACCCAAACGCUCUGAUUUAUAUACCCUAUCCUAGAGUAAACUGCUUGAAAACCAUACCCUUCACAGCGGCACAUACCUAUAUAGCCCAUAUAUGGCAGUACCCCCCCCCCCCCGGGUUAAAACCCUUGAGGAAAUUUGUAGCUACAGUUUCCUUCUGUAAGAUUUCCUUUAACGUUUUAGUUUACAAGCGAUUACUGCUUAGUUCGUUAUUGUUCCUGGCAAGAGCCAUAAUAUUAUGGCUCUUGUUUCUGAAGUUAGUUGUAACGCUUGACUAUAUUUAUCGCUUGCAAUCACACCCUGACCAGUUAAUGAUCGGUCUAUACAAUAUAAUUAAUAAUUCAUUAUUUAAAAAAUAAUGAUAAAGCCUUUUAUAUAGAACUACUUCAAAUCUUGAAAAACAUGGCUGUUAAUACUCGAUUGCCAUGGUAACGUCAAUGUUGACGUACAAGGCACACGACUUUAAAAUGUUUCUAGAUAAAUCUUGAGAAAAAGUCGCCAGGUUUGGCGGUCAUUGCCUAAACGGGAUUGCAGCUAUUAAACCUUUUUAGCGAGGUGGGGGCAGCUCCAAGGCCUCUCCGGUCUAAACUUGCAAUUAAAGCUAAGUAUCAGGCCUCCUUUCAGUUUAAAGGGAAAGGUACAAAGAAAUCAUGUGACUGGGUCUCCUUUAUUACUUAAUGACGUACAUACAGGACUAAUUCGUACUAAUCAUCUUAAGCGAAACUGAAGAACUGAUUAGAAGAAUUGAACACACACACACAAAAAAAAACAUAUGCUGCUCUUUCAAUUUCUGCGCCUCGAAGGUAGUGACUGAAACGGUAACGUCUUUCCAUUUAUCGCUAAGAACACCGGGAAAAUACUUUCCAAUUCGAAGACUAUAAUCAAAACAAUCCCUUCCUAAUCCCGCAAAGCAAAUUUAGCCCGUGACCCAUGCCUAAACUAACUGGAUUCUUAAAGUUAUACGAAACUUGUGUUUCAGGAAUGGUGAAGACUGUCGUCAGUGCAUGGGUGAUCUGGUUCAUCAAUAUAAUCCUUAUGGAAAGCACUGUACCUGAGGGGAUCUAUCAACCGCUGGAAAAUAUCACGAUCAUUUCAAUGAUGGUCAUAAUCACUGGCGGGCACGUUUUGACCUUCCAGGCAAUCCGUAACAACAACAGAAAGAUCUUUAAUGCCACCCACAACUCUCAACAAGCGAUCCUCUUUAAAAGAGAGAAAAAAGCGUUUAAAGACAUGACAUUUUACACAGUGGCGACGUUACUGUCCCUUCUUCCUCUUCUUGUGCUGCUAAAUCAUGUGGAAAACAGCAUUGUUUCAGGACACAUUCUGUUCCCUUGGGCUCAAAUCUUCUCCCAGCAAAUAUCCAGUAUAAACCCAGUAAUUCAGAUUCAAAGAAAUGCCGCCUUGAGGCAGGCACUAAAGAUGGCCCUGUGAAUGGUCUAGGCAUUAUCUGCAGUCCACCCGGACUCAGGAUUGUCAUUAGGGGCCCGGCCGGUAGCCCGGCGAAACGGACUCGCAGGCUGUGGGACUAGUUUGUAUCCACUGCCGAGUUGGAAAAUCUCUCUCAUAUGUCAUGGCAUGAUUAAAAAAUGUUGCUAAGCAAGCAAAAAAAAAGCAUUGGCUUCUUUGUCGUAUAAAAUUUUGGAUUUCCGUGUACUUAGCUUAGUUUUACCUUCUUCCGUCAGAAUUUCAUAAAGUUGUUGACAGUCCCCCCCACCCCACCCCUCGCCUUCCUCCUUACGAAACUGGAAACGUCCAGUCCAUCUGUCGCAGGGGUUUGAGUGAUUGUGUUAAACGGUGUACCCUGGGUUGUGGGUGGGGCAAAUCGGUGUUUUAGCAUGAAGUCAAUACAUAAAGUCACCUUUUCAGAUCACGUGGAGUCUGCGCACUGUAUUCGAUGGGAAAUUAAAAAAAAACAAACAAACAAACAAACAAACCAUCAAAACACAAAGAAAAACAGGCGACGGACAAAAUUACAACUUUGCUUUCAUCUGUCAGCAAUUGAUUUAUGUGGAGGUAUAUAAUCAAAAAUAGCCAAAUGAAAAGAGCUGUUGUUAGUCGUUUCCAUGGACCUAUCAAACACGGAGAUCUUCUUUUCUAAAAUUUGUCAUUUACUUAGUAGUUACGAUAAAGUUGUGAGAAGUCCCGCCAGAAACUUACCCAGGUACAAAUGCUUUUAGCAAUCGUUAUUUCCAGAGAAGAGUCUUUAUACUCCAUUUGUUGUCUCACUAGAUAUUACUGCUGUUAAUUUACUGUAGAAUGAACCAGCAAGACUGAAGUUAUUUAGAAUCCACUGCGCUAUAGUCAUCGGUUAGAAAAUCACAAUAUUUUCAAUCACUUGCAAAGAUUUAGUCCAGCUAUUGUUCGUUCCCUCUAACACUGAUUUGGGGACGUGACAGCUAAUAAAAUAUAUAACGUACCAGUCGUCCUAAUUAUCUCACAAUGGCCCCUUCUCGGGAGAUAGCUAUAGAAGGAAACAGCACCUACCAACUGGCUACACAAAAUUCCUUAUCGUUAUAUUGAGUUUUGAAAAACUUCAUAGCAGCAGGCUAAAAGAGGUGAAUCCUAAACACAAAUUAAAGUUGACAACCGUUCUGGAGGCGUAAAAUUACGUAAAUUAAAUAACUAACCGAAGCCUGUUUCAGCCUCCUGUGAUAUUCCAAGGCCUCUUAAGUACUUCAUUGUGAAGUCUGUGAAGUACGUUGUUCGAAUUUCUUUCGUUUGAGUUUAUGAUCUGUUAUAUGCCAAAAAAUAUGUGCGCCACACGGGGACUUUAAUAUUAUAACUUUCGUAUGAAGCGAAAUUCGUCCAAUCGAGAUUGGACAGCUCUUUUUCGUUCUCGAUUGAACUUUUUAUCAUUUUUUUUUUUCAACUGUGCGCAUCCUAUCAGAGCGCGUCGAGGAGGAAACUGUAUCGCUUCUUUCUUUUUCAUUUUCCCCCAAUAACACCUGAUACUCAGGCUACGGACUUGCAAAUGGCGUUGGGGAGUGAAACGGUUUUCUCUGCUUUUUCAUGAGUGCCUGUUCUUUGGAACGAUCUUUCUCUUGAUGUUAGAAUCGCCUCAUCUGUUGGGUAAAUUAAAGAAGGUUUAAAACCUUUUUAAUAAAUUUUGAGGUUUAAUAAGAAUUUGAGCUAUUAUUUACGACCUAGAAUUUUAAUUUGCAAUUUUUUAUUCAGUUUCUUUAUUUCUAUUUUAUAUUGUAAGAACAUAAUCGAGAAUUAGAUGUAAUGGAUAUGCAAGCUGUAAGAAUUCUGGGCCGUCCUAAUCUCUGAGAUCAUUUUCUUUGAGCGCGGCUUCCUUUGAAAAUGAAAGGGAACUUCUCAUGUACCGAACUUAUACGUAUUUGGGUCGACCCAAAUGAUGUAAGUUCGACGGAUGAUUCAAACGUCGAACUUUAUUAGUCAGACUCACAUCAUUUUCACGAUCUACAAUGAUCUACAAUGCUUACCAGUCAAAUAAAUAUAGUAACUUAUACAUUAAAUUUGGCACUUGAAAAGAUCGAUGUUUAAAACGAACUCGCUCCAUAAUCCAAUUCGCGAACUUCCCAUGUAGGCUACUCGAUCUUAAUUCAUGGGUCGACCAUAAUUAGACAUGUCGGACUUUGCUGCCGAUUCGUUCUUUUUCUUUCAUGUGCUUUUAAAAGUGAAGGGAUUAGGAUCGGUGCAUAAAAAGUUCGACGUUUGAACUGGGCCUAUAUAUUAAUAACGUUGAUGACUGAAUAAAUGAAACGGAAUGAGAUAAAGGUUUGUAAUGGUACGACACAGAAAAAGGAGGCGGUAAAAGCGUAUGUCAGCAAAAAGUUUAAACCAUGCGGACAAAACAUACGAACACAACUUCGGGAAAAAAACGUUUUGAAAUAAUUGGCUUCAAAAUAGGGCAUUUUGCUUUGAAGAGGUUUUGCAAUUGCAUGAAGUGAAAAUGAUCAGCCGAUAUGAAAGAUUCGGCUUCUGUGGCUUUUAAGUAACUCUGAAUGUUGUGUGAAAACCUUAUGUAAAUCAGGAAAAGCAAAGGUAAGUACUUCGAUAAUUCCAUUUUAUUCCAAAUGUUAUAGCUUUUGAACUUAUGAGUACCAAACAGCUGAUGCUUAUGACAAAGCUGGGCAAAUUAAAUUUCAGAUAAUGAAAGUGUAAUUUUUACUACUAUUUUAUUUUUUUAAAAAAACUAAAGACGUCUUCAGAUGUUUAGGAAAUUAAUUAUGAUGGUUCACGCUUUUUCAUUUUACACGUCUGCGCUUUGCAACAAUCUUCCUCUUGAUCUGAGAAUCGCCCCAUCUGUUCAGAAUCAUUAAAAAGCAGGCUUGAAACGUUUUUAAUUAUUGUUGAGGUUUACUACAAGUAUUUUUUUUAUUUUUUAACAUGUUGAAAUUUUCUUUCAGUUUUUCUAUUUCAUAUUAAAGAACACUGAGAUUCUUAUCUAAUGAACAUGCGAGCUGUGAGAAUUCCUCAGCUGUCGUAAUAUAUCUAUGAAAUCCUUUCUUUAGAACGCGAUUAAUACUUCCAAAAUUAAAGGGGGAAGCGCGAUCGGGUAUUGAUUAUAAGGUUCAAGAAUAAACAAAUAAUGGAAAGAGAUAAAGAUGUGGUAACGACACAAAUGGUGAGCCAUCUACGAGUCCCAGAUCAUGCAGCAUCUCAGAAAACGGUACUUUUAAAGCUGAGACGUGUCUGGAUAGCUUUUUGCUCUGUGCCAGGGCACUGCACCUGGGCAAGAUGUGAGGCCACACUAUCUGGGGCUUAACUGAACACGCUGCACCACGCCUGGUUCCACAAACUUGUAUGGGUCUUCUACCUGGCAUAUGACCGACUGAGUUGGUAAGAGUUGAUCGUAUAGCGGCAAAUAUAAUUGUGUGUAUUAGGCAGGACGUCCACUCUGUCAGCCACCAGAAGCAUCCAUUAGCGUUCACCUUCUCAUAAUGUAAGGCUAGUUGAAACUAGACUUCCCUGCCAUCGUUGAUUUCUCACUUCAUCCUGUUCACUUGACUAUUUCACAAUUCCGUCUUGACUGAGUGUACGUGGGUGCUCGAGAUUAAGCACGAAACCAAGCUCCUCCGCAAACCAUGAAGAGUCUAACCGCACCCUUAACCUUCGUAGCGUAAUAUUCCAUAUCUGCCAAACGCAGGCCCUGCCUCUUUUCUCUAGCAGGUCGAAUAACGUAUUCGAGCCACACGGGUGCCUUUAUCCGUUCUCAAUAACAGUCUUCCGAGCUUCCCUGUCGAUCUGCUGUAGAUCCAUUUAUAAUAGGCUACCGUUGUUUUCACCUUAGAUAGCCAAGUAUUGGUUGACAAACCGAUUUGACGCGAUAACACGAUUGUGCAGAUUGUGGAGUGACUAAGGACUUGUCCAAAUAACUGACAUCCGCCGGAGGUACUUCUUGGCUGCGCAAUCCAAGACCAAAUUAUCUUCCUGCGUCACAUUUUCAAGCAUGCCCUAUUAACUUGUACUGCUUCCCGUCCUCAAGACUUGGUAUUCUGGCCGUCUCAUCCAAUAUCAUUCAGAUCAGUUAUGACUCACGCGCACUCUUUUUUUUUUACAUGUAUCACUGCGCCCUUCAAUUCUUGGGGUUCUAUUCGAGCCCGACAUCUUCCGUAGUCGUUUUGACCAUGUUCAUAAAGUUCUUGCGUUUGUCUUCAGAUGCAGCGAAAAUCUUAAGGUCAAAGAAUGAUAUAUGUGCCAGUCCGUAACACUGGUGGGUUUGGAUAAUCUGUAUCCCUCGGUAACACUGAUAUUCCAGGCUGCUGGGUUUAAGCACGCUGUAAACAGUCUCGGGCAUAGCGCAACCAGUUAUUAUUGAGCCUUUUCAUUACCGGUUUCAGAGGUACCCCUCCCUUUCCUUGUGACACCCAGCACCCUCGUAUUCCUUCCCCCUUUACACAAAGUCACCGUCCGAUCAAUCAACCUGCAUCCUAUACGAGCAUCCCACUGCACACCCUCCAUCAAGUUAUUCGUCUAAAUGCUGGUCUGUCGGGGACAGGUAUUCAAGAUGUAAACCAUUUGCACAUGGUAGUGUUUAAACAAGCAAUGGUCGGUUGCUUGUAAAUUUCUCCGGUCGUCGGAAUCAGCGAUGCCUUUCCUUCAGAAAACUAGGCUGGAUAAUCUGCCUCAUACUAAGAAAUCUCUUUGAAACUCAAUACUGCACCCUCGUGUAUGGCGUGAAUCAUUAAUUUUUUUUAUUAUUAUUACUUUAUCUUGCAGAACCAUAUGAAGAAUCAUCUGACACCAAGAAAACAGAAACAUGCUGAUCAACAAAACUGGAGGUUUAAACAAUACAGCUAAUAACAACCAUGACAGUUCUGAUCUAUGCCUCCCCUCUUGGAUUCUAAACGCCGUCAACGUCAAGUCUGUAUACAUCAGUGACACUGGUAUCAUGGUCGUUAACAUCCCAUUUGCCAUAUUUGCCGUGAUCGCUAACCUGGUUGUUAUAGUCACAAUAAUCCGUUCUCCUUCACUCCACCGUCCAGUUAACGUGUUGCUAUGUAGCCUGGCUGCCUCUGAUUGUCUAACCGGCCUUGUUCUUCAGCCUGUGUACGUGGCAUGGCGCUUUCUUCUGCAUCAAUCUCAAGACCCUUGCAAAUUAGUCUAUCUUUACCAAGCCAGUAGGCUUCUUCCACAAAUGCUUCUCGGGUUUACCUUCGUAAACUUGGCAAUAACAAGCGUCGAAAGAUUGUAUGCUGUUUCAAGCCCUCUUGAGCAUUCAGCCAAAGUAACACUGCGAGGUAUG